AUGCCAUUGUCAUCGCGUCUCGGACUAUCCGCAUUCUCAUCGGUCGCCGCCUCAUCCCGUCUUCGCCCCAUCACUCGCCUCUCAGCUGUCCGAACCAUGAGCACUGCUUCGUCCAAAGGCGGCUUCGUGUCGCUCAGCAACCGCUGCAAUGACAGCAAGUCGCCCUAUGUCCGAUCGCACGCCGACAACCCUACAGCCUGGCAGCUCUGGAGCCCCGAGACCCUCGAGCUGUCCAAACGCACCAACCGCCUGCUCUUCGUUUCCAUCGGCUACUCUGCCUGCCACUGGUGCCAUGUCAUGGCUCACGAGAGCUUCAUGAACGAUCGCAUCGCCCAGCUGCUCAACGAGCACUUCAUCCCUGUCAAAAUCGAUCGCGAGGAACGUCCUGAUGUCGACAAGGUCUACAUGGACUUCUUGCAGGCCACGACUGGUGGUGGAGGCUGGCCACUGAAUGUCUUCGUCACUCCAGAUCUCCAACCGCUGUUUGGCGGUACCUAUUGGCCAGGUCCGAAGAGCGAACGCGUUCGCCAUGGUGGUGGCUUCGAGGCCAUCCUGACUAAGGUCGCUAGCGCGUGGAAGGAGCAGGAAUCCCGAUGCAGAGAAAGCGCUGCCAACAUUACCGAUCAGCUCAAACAAUUCGCUCAGGAAGGUACCCUCUCCGGGAGGAGGUCGGGCGAAGGUGCUGAGGAAAGCGACGAUGUUCUUGAGCUGGAAUUAUUGGAAGAGGCUUAUGAUCAUUACAAGUCCAGAUACGAUGAGCAGUACGGUGGAUUUGGCGGUGCUCCAAAGUUCCCUACACCUUCACACCUCUCCUUCUUGCUAAGGCUUGGCGAGUGGGACGGCAUUGUCAAGGAUGUCAUAGGCGACGACGCUGUGCAGAAUGCUCAANAAAUGGUCUCCAAGACACUCGAGAACAUGGCCAAAGGUGGUAUGAAGGACCAGGUUGGCCACGGUUUUGCUAGAUAUUCCGUCACCAAAGAUUGGAGCUUACCACACUUCGAGAAGAUGUAUGUUCCUCGAUUGCUCCUUUGGACGCUGCUAACAAGUCUGCAGGNNCUCUACGACAACGCUCAACUGCUGCCUGUUUACCUCGAUGCCUGGCUGAUAACCAAAAAUCCCCUCUUCCUCAAAACCGUCCACGACAUCGCUACUUACCUCACCUCACCACCCAUACAUUNNUCCCCCACCGGCGGCUUCCACGCCUCUGAAGACGCUGACAGCGCGCCGAGUGCCUCCGAUAAGGAACACAAGGAGGGUGCUUUCUAUGUGUGGUCUUAUUCAGAGUUCUACAAGGCUCUUGGCGAUGACAAAAUGGCCAACAUGCUCGCCAAAUAUUGGAACGUAAAGCCUAACGGAAAUGUCAGCUCAAAACAUGACAUCCAGGGUGAACUCAAGGGACUCAACACGCUCUGUGUGACCUCUUCGCUCUCAGAACUUGCUCAGCAGUUUGGCUUAUCCGAAGAAGACGCAGCAAAGACUGUCCAGACUGGUCGCCAAAGGCUAUCCGACUGGCGUGACCAACAUCGUCCUCGCCCUCUCCUCGACGACAAGAUUGUUGUUUCCUGGAACGGUCUAGCUAUUGGCGGUCUCGCUCGCACAGCUGCUGCUUUGAAGCAAUCCAAUUCUGAAGCAUCCAAGAAGUAUCUUGAGGCUGCCAUAUCAGCAUCUCAAUUCAUCAGAAAGGAACUCUACGAUUCAGAAAGCAAAACACUGCGACGAGUUUACCGAGAAGGUCCAGGAGCUACCGCAGGGUUCGCUGAUGAUUAUGCAUUCCUUAUCAGCGGUCUUAUCGACCUCUAUGAAGCAACCUUUGACGAUUCGUACCUGCAGUGGGCUGAUGAGCUGCAACAAUCACAAAUCAAGCAUUUCGCUGAUAAUGAAAGCGAAACCAAGGGUGGCUUCUUUGGCACACCAGCCCACGCUCCUGACAUUUUGAUUCGCAGCAAGGAUGCCAUGGACAACGCAGAACCCAGCGCCAACGGUGUGAGCGCGACAAAUCUGACCAGACUCUCGUCAUUGCUUGAUGACUCGAAAUACUCCGAUCUUGCUCUGCGCACAGCCAAGGCGUUUGAAGUGGAGAUGGUUCAGCACCCUGGUCUGUUCACUGGUCUUAUGUCAACAGUGGUCAACUCAAACCUCGAUAUCAAGCCCAUUGUGAUAUCAGGAACCGAAUCUAGCCCAGAAGUGCAGGGUGCACUGGAGCAGCUCCGCCAAAUGGUUCGUCCUGGUUCGACGGUAGUCAGAAUUGGAGGCCAUAGCAAGAGCGAUUGGCUCAAACAGAGAAACGAGCUUCUUGGGUCGAUUCAAACAGACAAAGAUAUGGUUCAGAUCUGUGAGGGUACGAGUUGUAAGUUGGUCAAGGCAGCUGAGCUUCAGGAGCUGCUCAAGGGUACUCACGUAUGA